AUGGGAAAAGCGAAGAAAACCAGAAGGUUUGCCGAGGUCAAACGCUUAUUAAAUCCUAAGGAUUCAAGAUUAAAAUCCGUACAAGAAAAACAAAAAAUGAAAAAUGAAGAGAAGGAAAAGGAAGCAGUUCGAAAUGUGCCACAAGUAGCCUCUUCUUUAUUCUUUAGACAUAAUACAGCUUUAGGUCCACCUUAUCAAAUUUUGGUGGAUACAAAUUUUAUUAAUUUUUCAAUUCAGAAUAAAUUGGAACUUGUUCAGGCAAUGAUGGAUUGUCUUUAUGCUAAAUGUAUUCCAUGUAUCACAGAUUGUGUAAUGGCUGAAUUGGAGAAAUUAGGACCGAAAUACAGGAUCGCACUUCGUGUCGCGCGUGAUCCAAGGUUUGAAAGACUACCGUGUUCUCACAAAGGAACAUAUGCAGAUGAUUGUUUGGUAAAGCGAGUGAUGCAGUAUAAAUGUUAUAUUAUAGCAACAUGUGAUAAGGACUUAAAACGCCGUAUUCGCAAAAUUCCUGGCAUUCCUAUAAUGUAUAUUUCUAAAAGAAAAUAUACAAUUGAAAGAUUACCAGAAAAUUACGGUGUACAUUCUUGA